GCCGUAAAGCACCUCAGAGCUGAGACGGUGGUAGAGACGGCUGUGUUUUUUGCGGAAGGACUAGUUUAAACAGAUAUAUUUUUGUUGGUUUCCUGUUUUUCAGUUGAAAUGGCAGAAAAAUUUGAUAACCUGGAGGAGCACCUGGAGAAAUUCAUCGAGAAUAUUCGACAGUUGGGAAUCAUCGUCAGCGACUUCCAGCCCAGCAGUCAGGCAGUACUCAACCAGAAACUAAAUUUCAUGAUAUCUGGAUUACAGGACAUCGAGAAGUGCCGCCAGCAGCUUCAUGAGAUCAACGUCCCUCUAGAAGUCUUUGAAUACAUUGACCAAGGUCGAAACCCUCAGCUGUACACCAAGGAGUGUCUGGAAAGAGCCUUGGCGAGGAAUGAGCAGGUCAAAGGGAAGAUUGACACCAUGACGAAAUUCAAAAGUCUUCUGAUCUCAGAGCUCAGCAAAGUCUUUCCAGAAGAGAUGUCCAGAUAUAAGGCUAUACACGGAGAGGAUGCGCCAUCUUAGUAGCUGCUGAGCCAUGACUUCUGCUCUUCAACCUGUGACCUUUGAGAUGAAGCCUGAAUGGAGUUUGAGUUAGAUCAUCUGUGAUUUAAUGCAGAAUAUGAUGAAAGCCCAUUACUUUCUACAUCCUGUGAUGCUGAGAGGAACCCUGAGGGAGGAUUUUUUCUAUCUAUUCUGCACCGAGUAAACAAAUCCUCUCAUAUUUGAUAUUCAGACCUCAGUUAAAGAAGCACCAAUCAACAGAAAACUAAAAACAUGUUGCUGGAAGACAUUUUUUCAACCUACCGGCAGAUACAUUCAACUCCCAGUGUACAAGAACUACAUGGCAUGCCCCUGAUUGUGCAUCAAGGAACUACCUUCAUCAGCUGUACAUACAGUAUAUAUAAAAUACCAUUACACUCUACUUUUGUAAUGCUUCCUAAUCAUUUUGAAACAUUUAUUUGUAUAACAUACAGUUUUAGACAUUUUGUAUCAAUCUCAGGUUUCUUAUGACCGUGACUUUUGAAAAACAACGUUGCUGAUGGAAAUUUGUGCCUGAUCAGUUGACAUGGUCAGAAAUGAGUCCAUUCUUUUUUUGUUACUUGUCUGUAUUAUAAGUUUUGGUAUUAAAUUAUCUGUGUUGGACUUA